UUCAUCAUUCAUUGAUUAAUCCAAUUAAUUGGAAGUCUGAUGUCUCUCCUUUUUUGGAAGAGGAGAGAGUAAGUAGGGUCUUGUUUACUUUUUCUCUUUUGUUCUCAACAUCCUUCAUUUACAAUUCAGACAUACUGAGGUUCAGACAUAAAGAAACUUUAACAGUAGAUACUAGAAUUUAGAUUAUAGAAACUUUAACACAGUGGACUUUAGACUUUAGAAACUUUAAUUUAGAUAUCUAGGUAAAUUCGGGAGUUAAGACAAAUAUCUUAGGUUUUACCACAAACUUAAGAAUAACUUGACACUGCAAUGCCCCCUUUGGUAAAUGCAAGUUUUACAACCAACUCUGAAGACAAUGUAACUAUCCCUCAGACUGAGGGUUUGCGUUAUUUUGAUUUCAACUUUUUGGUUAUCUUCUACGUUCUUAUAAUUUGUAUCAUCUCAAACCUAAUCACUGGCACAAUGCGAAGCUUCAGGAAGAUAAAAAUUUGUAAUAAAAAAUUACACCUGUGAUUUAUAAUCCCUAUUUAUCAGUAUUUCUUUAAAUAUCCUGAUAGGUUGUUAAGCCCCUUAUUGAGCCCUAUAAAAAUUUCAAAUUGGUCGCAAUUGAUAGGAGAUCUCUACCAUAUCUCAGAAUCAACCUCAUUCUCAUUCUCAACUGCUAUCUUGUGGAAGCCAUCAAUGCCGUCAUUCAGUCAUGUGCUGUCCCUAUCAUGGUAAGUUCAAUCAUCAGGCUGCCCUACUGGAUAUCUACCAUAGCAGACAUUUUUGGAGUCUACUCGGCACACAUGUCCUUCGGACUCUCUGCAGUAAUAUCAGUGAGCAGACUUCUCAUGAUUGUAAAGUUUGACAAGAUGGUUGAGUUUGAGCCUGAACAGUUGGCUAGAAGAAUCCUUACUGUUCUUCUCCUGGUUUUCGGUGUUCUGGUGCUACCAACCCAACUCUAUAUUAUUCAUACAGGAGAAAUAUCACUAUCAGUUGCAUUCUACUCUGGAGGGCUUCUGAAAGAAACGCCUCAUCUGUCUCCACAUUACUAUGUGGCAGCAUUUACCUUUCCCGUCUGCAUUAUUGGCACUGUUGCACCUUACUUCUAUGGCAUGCACUACCUGAAGAAACACCACAGUCACAGCCUAAGUGCCUUGUCUGAGGGUGUGGAUAAAGCAAAAAACAUGAUUAACAUGAAAUCCGUCCUACUCACAGCCAUCAUCAUCUUCCUUCUUCCUUUCAUCACCAUCCUGAUCAAUUACCACAGCCUGGAAGGAGUACCUCUGAGCAUGCUGAUGUCAGUAACUGUUUUUACACUGUUCUUAGUCAAAUUCAGCCAAAAUGAAAAAAUCAAAGAGUUCUUUUUCCGUAAGCUUGAUCAGAAGAAGACGCAAGUAGUAGAAAACAUUCAAAAUCUCAAAGUUUCAAUUUUCAAGAUAAAGAUUAACAAAGUGAGUGUUCAAGAAAAUAUAACUGCUUAAAUUAUUUUCUUCUUUCAUUCAUUAUGUUUGAAUAAAUGUCAAUCAAAUGUAAGAGGCAAGCAGACUUUUUGUUUAUUUUCCAUUUCCAAUUUUUUAUAAUUCUAACUUGCCUAUUGUACAGUCCACAAGGUGUGUCCUACAAGAAAGCCUUAAAAAUUGUAUGUAAAAUUGUAUGUAAAAUUAUAUGUAUGUUAAAUGUUGCAAUGUUGCAACAAACAACUUGAUUCCUAUAAAGUUAUAAAGUAAAUCUUGGUUAAUU